GGCUUUUACUCGUUGUCCAAUGUGAUUACAUGGUACCGACUCGACUUCGUUUGGUUAGAGAUGGGUGUCUUAUCCACUUUUUAAAGUACCCUUAGAUAGGAAUCCAAGCAGCUGUGAACACAUCAGUCAAUAGGAGUCAUGCUAGCUAAUGAAACAAUGAAGGUAAAAGAACGAGGGCCUCUUUUGUGUUUACUUCACAAAAUGAUAACUUUGGCCAAGAUAAAGAGAGGACAUCUAUUCAAAAGGAGUCAAGAAAAAGUAAAUACUACACAGCUUCCCAGCGAUACAGCACAACACGAUUCUGCACCUCCAGGGAGUGUCCACUGCCGGGUGAAAAACACAUGGGAAUGGAAUGUAAAGUACAUCCAAGUUGACUCACCUUCUGCUGUCAGUGAACAGAAGCAGACUGCUGCUGCGAAGAGGAAUUCUCAUAUGAAAGAUUGAACAGGAGGGAGAAGGACGUGCAGAAAGUGAAAAGCAGACAGAAGACUUUAAGCUGUCUUGCGCCGUCGCCCUCGGGCAACGCUAAAUGAGAGGUUGCAUUUAAGGGGUCUGCCUGGCACAAGAGGAGGAGCUCCAGCCCAGCACUUCAUCCUUCUUCAAGCAACUACAAGACAGGAUGAGGUACCAAGGGAGGGAGGUGGACAUUGAAGGAAGGGUCCGUUUGGUGAUGGAGAGCACCCUAACGGCCCGCGACAGGGUUGGGGUGCAGGACUUUGUCUUGCUGGAGAACCACAACAGCGAGGCAGCCUUUAUAGAGAACCUGCGGCGGCGCUUCAGAGAGAACCUCAUAUAUACGUACAUAGGAUCAGUGUUGGUGUCGGUGAACCCGUACAAAGAUCUAGAGAUUUACUCCAAGCCACAGAUGGAACGCUACAGAGGUGUCAGCUUCUAUGAAAUAUCACCUCACAUCUAUGCAGUGUCAGACAACACUUACCGGGCCAUGCGGACGACAUGGAGGGAUCAGUGUAUCUUCAUAUCGGGUGAGAGUGGCUCUGGGAAAACGGAAGCUUCCAAAAAGAUCCUCCUCUACUAUGCUGUCACCUGCCCCACUCAUGAUCACAUGACCACUGUCGGAGACCGCCUACUCCAAUCCAACCCUAUUCUGGAGGCAUUUGGCAAUGCAAAAACACUAAAGAAUGACAACUCCAGUCGCUUUGGAAAAUAUAUGGAUGUUCAGUUUGACUUCAAGGGCGCGCCAGUUGGUGGCCAUAUUCUCAACUACCUGCUGGAGAAAUCUCGUGUAGUCCACCAGAACCACGGAGAAAGAAACUUUCACAUCUUCUAUCAGCUCCUAGAUGGCGGUGACAGUGACCUGCUUCAGAUGCUCGACCUUGAGCGAAACCCUCAGAACUACCAAUAUCUGGUCAAGGGAAGCUGUUCCAAAGUCAGCUCCAUUAGUGACAAGAAUAAUUGGAAAGUUGUGAUGAACGCCCUGCUUGUUAUUGGCUUCAACGAAGACGACGUGCAGAAUUUGUUGAACAUCAUCGCCAGCGUUCUCCAUCUGGGAAACACUCAGUUUGGAGAGGGAGAGGAAGGCGAAACUCACAUUACCAAUGAGACGCCAAUAGCAAACGUUGCAAAGCUGCUGGGUGUCAAUGCCUCAGCCCUGGGUGAGGCUCUCACUCAUAAGAAGCUCACCACCAAAGAGGAGGAGGUGAUCAUCCCGCUGAACUUUGAGCAGGCAGUGGCAGCCCGAGACGCCUUGGCCAAAGCCGUCUAUGGCCGCACUUUCACUUGGUUGGUGGAGAAGAUCAACCAAUCGCUUGCUCUGAAGGACGACAUGGACCAUAGCAAUAAAGCCUUCCCAGUCAUAGGGCUUCUAGACAUCUACGGCUUUGAGGUCCUACAGAACAACAGCUUUGAGCAGUUCUGCAUCAACUACUGCAGCGAGAAGCUCCAGCAGCUCUUUAUUGAGCUCACCCUCAGAUCUGAGCAAGAGGAAUACACAACCGAGGGAAUAGCAUGGGAGAUGGUGCAAUACUUUGACAACAAGAUCAUUUGCGACCUGAUCGAGGAGAAGCACAAAGGCAUCAUCUCCAUUCUGGACGAGGAGUGCAUGAGACCUGGAGAGACAAGCGAUGCCUCAUUUUUGGAGAAACUGGAGGACACAUUUGGCAACCAUCCCCAUUUUGUCACCCAUAAGCUGGCAAAUGGGAAAACUCGGAAGGUAAUGAGUAGAGAGGAGUUCAGGCUGCUGCACUAUGCUGGGGAAGUCAACUACAACGUCAACGGUUUCCUAGACAAGAACAACGACUCUAUGAACAGGAACCUAAAAGAGGUCAUGUGUCAGUCAGGCAACCUGAUCAUAAGUCACUGCUUCUCAAGAGAGGAAGUUACGGACCAAAAACGCCCACAGAUGGCUGCCACGCACUUUAAAAACAGCCUGUUGAAACUUCUGGAGAUCCUCAUGACCAAAGAGCCAUCCUAUGUGCGCUGUGUUAAACCUAAUGAUGCCAAGCAGCCAGGUCACUUUGAUGAAGUGCUAGUCAGGCAUCAGGUGAGGUAUUUGGGCCUGAUGGAGAACCUAAGAGUCAGAAGAGCUGGCUUUGCCUACAGACGCAGCUUUGAAGCUUUUCUGCAAAGGUACAAGCCUCUGUGUCCUGAGACGUGGCCCAACUGGGAUGGCAGACUUGAAGAUGGCGUGGCCACACUGGUCAACCACCUGGGCUACCAACCAGAGGAGUACAAACUGGGCAGGUCCAAAAUAUUCAUCCGUUUGCCCAAAACACUUUUCCUGACCGAAGACGCACUCCAAGCCAAAAAGCCAGAGAUAGCUUUGACGCUGCAGACAUCAUGGAGAGGCUACAGGGAGAGAGCCAAAUACAAACGAAUCAGACACGCAAUCAUAGUGAUUCAGUCUGCAUGGCGAGGGAUGAAAGGACGCCGCCGUGCAAAGAGACGUCGACAGGCUGCUGACUUGAUCCGCAGGUUCAUAAAAGGCUUCAUCUACCGUCAUGAGGACUACUGCCCAGAGAAUGAAUACUUCCUGGAUCAUGUACGCUACUCCUUCCUCAUGAAGCUCAGCAAAAAUCUACCCACAAGUGUUUUGGACAAAAGCUGGCUGGCCUCUCCUCCCUCUCUUACUGAGGCGUCAGAGCACCUGCGAAAACUGAACAUGCGAAACAUGGUCCAGAAGUAUUGCAACAGGAUCCAGUCUGAAUGGAAAAAUCAGAUGACGCAAAAGGUUGUUGCCAGUGAGCUCUUCAAGGAUCAGAAGGACAACUACCCUCAGAGCGUUGGCAGGCUGUUUUUGGACACCAGGAUCGAACGGGAGCAGAUCAAUCUCAAAGUCCUCCAGACUCUGGACAGUGACAAAGUGCUGUAUGGCGUCCCCGUCACAAAGUAUGACCGAAGGGGUUUCAAGCCUCGACCUCGGCAGCUCCUUCUCUCCAACACCUUUGCUGUGCUGGUGGACAGGACCAAGAUCAAGCAGAGGAUUGACUACGCGGCUCUUGGAGGUAUCUCUGUGAGCUCCCUCAGUGAUGGGAUGGUUGUUCUGCACAUGCCCCCUGAAGACAAGAAGCAAAAGGGUGACGUCCUGCUGCACUGCAACCAUGUGAUAGAGCUGGUGACAAAACUAGCCCUGAUAGCCCGCAUGUUAAACUAUAUCAACAUCAAGCCUGGAAGUAUUAGGUAUGCGGGGGCUCGAGGCGAUGAGGGAAUUAUAGAUUUCGUCAGAGGCUCCGAGCUGAAGGUGGCCAAGGGUAAACGAGGACAUCUGCUAGUGACCGUUCCUCGGAUCAACAACACAUGAAGAACCACACACUUUUUGCUUACUGGAGGGUUAAGCACCCCUGAUACCACAAGCGCACAGUUUAUAUUAAAAAAACCCCCAAUACAAUCAUACCAUAUUUCCUCAUAUAGUGAUCAUAUAGAGCUUACCACACGUCUAUUUGGUGUAAGGCCUAUAUAAUAUGUUAAUAUUAAUUUAAUAUAAUUGGAAAAGCAUUGCCAGCUGCAUGGCGGAGGAGUGUUUAGCGCGCAGGCCACACAGCUAGGAGACGCAAGUUCGAUUCCACAUUCCAAAAACCUGCUAGGUUAAUUGGUGACUCCAAAUUGUCCAUAGGUAUGAAUGUGAGUGUGAAUGGUUGUUUGUCUAUAUGUGCCCUGUGAUUGGCUGGCGACCAGUCCAGGGUGUACUCCGCCUCUCGCCCAAAGACAGCUGGGAUAGGCUCCAGCAUGCCCGCGACCCUUGUGAGGAUAAUCGAUAGAAAAUGAAUGAAUGAAUGGUAAAGCAAUAUCAUAAUAUAUAGUAUUCUGUAUUGCAUGAUGUUAUCAUCAUUUAAAGGACACUCCUCAGUUGCGUUUGUCCUGCAUGCAAUAAAUCUCAUCUGAAUGUCACUCUCUAACUUUCUCCACUCGCUCUCCAGCAACAAGCCUUCUCUUCUUGUCAGCAGAUGUCACAAUAAUGAGUACGUACCUGUCAGUCACAGAGAAACCACUGUAUUAUGUCCAUAUGAACACAAAAACAUAUAUUUCCCCCACUGUGGUGUUAAAAAUGUCCAUGCAAAGCCACAUAAAAAUAUUCAUCUGGCUGCACAUGCACAUUUUGGCCAUUCAGAAGCCUGUAAACGCUUCCAUGUAGUGAGAUGUGGGGUGUGCAGUGAAGUGUACAUUAUCUUUCUCAGCACACACUAAUAUGGAGUCCAGGAAACAUCAUGAAUGUAUUUUUUAUUAUUGCAGUGUGUGUUAUACGGUGCAUGCCCACACAUCUCCCACUACACUCAAUGAAACCUAAUUUUCUGUUGUUAAGUUUUGAAAAUAUAAGAUAAUGUCACACAUUGCUCAUGACGUGAACUAAAACAUCCAUACCCAUCCAUACACAAAUACUAAAGCUGGAGUUUUACAAAAGCUCAGUUUCGUGGCUGACUAUGGCCCAUUAUUAGUCGACAAAUAUUGAAAUACAAGUCAUAUGUAGUAUUCUGGUCACUCACAGUCAGUCAUGUUACAUUGAUGAAACAUUACCUUACACUACAUCACCUUAACAGUGCAUGGAAUCAGCCAUGGCAUGUCCAACAUGAUAGAGUGAACAAAAGGUUCUCCUCCCAUUCAGUGUGGAAGUGGUAUUAUUUUCCUUUUCUUUCAUUUUUCUUUUCUGUAGCUGGUAAAGUCAGGCCUUCAUAUACUGUAAGUAGAUCAUGUCAGAUUGGAGGUGGGGGUGCUGGUGUAAAUUAUUGUGGAAGAUCAGAAUUUUUCCCUUUUUUGAUAAUGUAAAUGUAGACAGGGAUGGAAUACAUUAAGUCUACCAUGACUGCAGCUACAUAUUUGUUGAAGUGUACAAUGAAUUGAGGCCACUAUUUGAGGAAAUAUGCAUGAAUUGUUUGGAAGAAUACAUGAAGUCCUCGCAUGUUUCUACAUUUUAUUGACAUCCUUAUACAAACACAUGCUUACUCUAUAAAUAUUAAAUAUGUAAAACACUGUAUGUCUCUGUAGGAGAAACAACAUUGAAAUAAAUAAGUCAAAUAAAUAGCAAAUAUAUUAUUCUUUGGAAAGUCCAGUAGAUUAAGAGCUUGGCUGACAAAACAGGAUGUUGUCAUUUGUUGUGUUGUGGGAUUUUAGCACAAAUUUACAGUCAGAGGCAAGGCAGAAACUGUGGGAAAAACCCAGAAAAGCCCUUUCACUUAACUUCACAACACCGAAAGCUCAUCUUUUUGUUCAGUGUUUCUAUGUUUUAGAAGGAGGAAGUCACGGGCCAGCCUGGUGAGGUAAAGGUCCAGAUCCCGCAGAAUGAUGUAACCUUCCACUCGGCUUUCCCACACCGUUUUAGAGUUACUUGCUUGGCUGGAAGGCGUCCAAGCGGUGGGGAAAGUUAGUUUCCUGCCCUUUAAGUGGCUCAUCUAGACAUUCAAGCAAAAUGUCAACAUUUCAUAUGCUAACGAGGAUAAAAAUGUGUGUGAGCAUACCUGAUUGCUGACUUGACUCAUCAGGUCCCUCACAUCCAGUUCAAUGUGUUUGAUGCUCUGAGAUAAAGUGCUGUGCACCAGCCUCUUCUCUAUUUCUUCCUUCUCCAAACCUUUCCUCUUCCACUCCAGCAUAUUCUUGUAGCUUUGCAAGUCUGACAGAACGGUAUGUAGUCGUUCCCAAUCCUGGACGCACAACAAAGUGUAACCAAGAAGUGGAAUAAAGGUAAUUUUAGUUAAAUAAAUGAUGAUAACAGUCACUCACGGUAAGCUGGAGCCAGCUGUUGAAGUCUGUAGAAAGCACUGGAAGGUCCUUUAAAUGACCACCUCUGUGUUCAAAGUGCUUGUUUCCUAACUGCUGCUCCUUCUGGUGAGAAAAUCAGAAUAUUUGAGUUCACAGUUUAGCUGAGCAUGCAGGCCAUCUUUUGGAAUUGUUCAUCACUUACAUAUUUAUUUAGCAGCUGCUGGACACGGCUGCGGGUGGACCUUGCCAGGAGAAAGGAGUCGUUGUAUUUUGCCUUGAGGAGGCCAUGAGGUGGAGCUGAGAGCUCGGCAGGCUUCAGGAUGCAGCAAAGAAUGACGAGAGCACAACACCAAAGAGUCAUCUGCAGAUACACGAGGUAUAAACUCAGUUUGGGUCAACAGAGUUUUUGCAUGUACACAUUUUUAGGUUGAUAUCCUCGGUCCUUUGAACCAGAAGGAUGCAGGUUCAAAAACUGAACAAAAAAAACAGCUUGAGAUGUGCAAUAUGUAUUAUAUACCAGCACAUCAUAACCCAUGUCAACCAAUAGCAAUAUAGGCAGUAGCUUUUCCCUUAACUAAUGCUGUGUUAUGAACACAUUAUGUACUUUUCUACAGGAUGCAUUUCACAAAUAAACACUGUUUUUGUAAGUACUACAAUAUGCAAUACAAGUUAGUGAACAAGCCAUCCUUCCUAAAGUGUGAUAUUAGAUCAGAAGUAGUGAAGGAAGUCGCUUCUUGCAUAACCAGCGCUUCAUGUCAUGUUCCGCAUGAUAGAUUGCACUCUAGUUUUGGUUUCCUGUUUGCCGUAAUGCAGUAGCUUUGCGGUUGCUGAAAAGCAUGUGCGGCAGUACCAGUUAUUAAUAACCUGAGCUACUAUUAGUAGUACGCAAAGAUACCAAGG